GGGCUUGAACCCAGAACCUUCUUGCUGUGAGGCAACAGUGCUAACCACUACACCACUGCAUCGCCAAGAUGAAAACAUUAGAUGUUUUAAUGAUAUUUUCACCGCCGAACUGAAAAUGCCCCUGGUUUUCUUCUCAGAAAUCUGGUCACCUUAUCUUACAGGGUACUGCCCCAGUGACGAGCCAUUGUAUCCGUAAAGGGACAAUAAUGUACUUUGUUUUCUGAGAGUGUAUCUUGCUAUAAAAUGGCCCUAGAAUUGAGCGUGUAUAUGAAUGAAUGUGUGUGCAUAGGUUCAGAUUGCAGACCAGUGGUGUAUUGCUGUCUUGUGGGUGGUACGGUGGUGUAAGUGGUUAGCACGGUUGCCUCACAGCAAGAAUGUUCUGGGUUCGUGGCCGGCAACGGCCUUUCUGUGUGGAGUUUGCAUGUUCUCCCAUGUCUGUGUGGGUUUCCCCCACAAUCCAAAGACAUGCAGUUUAGGUUAAUUUGGGACGGCUUUGAGCGAGGCACCUAGCUCCCUGGGUGCUGUUAGCACGGCUGCCCACUGCUCUGGGUAGGUGUGUGUGUUCACUGCUUCAGAUGGGUUAAAUGCAGAGAGGAAAUUUCACAAGUGUGUGAUGAAAUUCUUUCUUUUUUCAGUGUUCUUGGGAUGGUCUCUGGAUCCACUGAUUUGUUGAAUGAAUGAAUGAUUCUGGGCACUUUUAGAGAAACAUGUACUCUAACAUUAAAGGAUUCUAGUUUCAGAAAGUGGGCGGCACGGUGGUGUAGUGGUUAGCGCUAUCGCCUCACAGCAAGAAGGUCCGGGUUCGAGCCCCGGGGCCGGCGAGGGCCUUUCUGUGUGGAGUUUGCAUGUUCUCCCCGUGUCCGUGUGGGUUUCCUCCAGGUGCUCCGGUUUCCCCCACAGUCCAAAGACAUGCAGGUUAGGUUAACUGGUGACUCUAAAUUGACUGUGAGUGUGAAUGGUUGUCUGUGUCAGCCCUGUGAUGACCUGGCGACUUGUCCAGGGUGUACCCCGCUUUUCGCCCAUAGUCAGCUGGGAUAGGCUCCAGCUUGCCUGCGACCUAUAGAACAGGAUAAAGCGGCUAGAGAUGAUGAGAUGAGAUUCAGAAAGUGAUUCUACUUGUAACCUUUAAAAAAAAAAAGUUAUGAUCCAAAAAUCAAGUUGUUCUGAACUUUUAAUGUUUUUGAAGGAAUGUGUGUUUUGCUAUGUGGUGUUAUCCUUCUGACUAAAAAUGCCAAAGCACAGAAAAUGGUUUAAUAGAUUAAAGUGGGAACAGAUUUACCUGUAAGCCUGGCCCAUUCACUCUGUCAACACGGACCAUGUUACACCAGAGAGGUUGGGAACAGAGUAACAAAGGGUCUUUUGACAUCGCUGAGCCUGAAGGUUUACCUGUGUAAAGAAGAGCCGAUGGGCCACGAACAGCUGAUCUUUGGCCGUCUCUCGAUUUCGCCAUCACUGCUGGGAUUCGAACCCGCAGCGCCCCGGGUGCACAACUCCUUUAUUGUGGCUCAUUCCUUAGGACUUUGUUCUGACUACAUCAGAGAUUAAAAAAAAAAGGCAGAGAGUGAGCUGUUUGAGCUCCUGCACUGAUGCCAGACUUCGUAGGUUAUAAAUCCGAGUAACUGGCGGAUUCACGUCUUUCAGUCGCCUUCAAGUCGGGGAGUCGUCUCGGUCGGUUUUGCUGCGCGCGCGCCUUCUGAGGGAAAUAAUAAUAGGAUAUAAAAUAAAUCAGGAACAUGGGUGAACCUUUUCUUCGCGACGUUUUGAGCUUUUACGGCGCUAACAACUCGCUGUCGAAGACAAACUUGGAGGACUUUUUAAAGCUCAUCACCUCCCGCCGAGCUCCAGCAUCAGUAGAUCAUGAGGAGAAUCCCCUGAGGAGUGCUGAGUGUUUGUCUGCCCCAGAUCUCCUGGAUGCCUUUGGGCUCUCUAAUGCAUCUGAGCUGACUGUAGAUCAGUUAGACCUCAUCUGCCCAGCUGUUCUUACUCAGGUUCUGCUCCCUUCUUGUCCUUACAUGACCCCCUCAAGUGGAAACAUUGAUCUUCAAGUUUGGGGCUAUAGUUUCUUGGCUGUGACAUUAAUUAACUUGGCUUCUCUAUUGGGGUUACUCUUGGUUCCCUUCACUAAGAAAUCCUACUUCCCAAAAGUGCUAACCUACUUCAUUGGGGUGGCCAUAGGAACAUUAUUCUCCAAUGCUGUACUUCAACUUAUUCCUGAGGCUCUUGGAUUUGACCCGAAAGCUGAUAACUAUGUGUCAAAUGCAGUUGGGAUUUUUGGAGGAUUCUACCUCCUGUACUUUACAGAAAAAGUCUUAAAAAUAGCACUGAAAGCAGAUCCGGAGCAUUGCCACAACCACUUCCCUUCACUGCAGACUAAUGAUGUAACCAUCACCAGCUUCAGCAAUGACGUUAUCAUAAACACCAUGGCAAGCGAUGUCAUCACAGAUAAUGUCAACCAUGAGGUCCUACCAAACAGCCCCAAUGAGAAACCAAGCCAGCCAACCACAAACCCGACCAAUGAACAGGAGACAUGCAUGCUUGUGGGAUGUCGCUGGCUGCGAGGGGAACCAGUGUCGAGCAUAAAAACUGUAGCUUGGAUGAUCACUCUGAGUGAUGGAUUGCAUAAUUUUAUAGAUGGACUAGCCAUUGGAGCUUCCUUCACGCUCUCUCUUCUCGCUGGCUUCAGUACCUCCAUAGCCAUUGUUUGUGAAGAGUUUCCUCAUGAGCUAGGUGACUUUGUGAUUCUCUUGAGCUCUGGUAUGAGUGUCCCUCAGGCAGUGUUUUUUAACCUGCUCUCUGCUAUGUGCUGUUACCUCGGCUUGGUGCUGGGCAUCUUGCUGGGCAGCAGCUUCGCUCCAAAUGCCAUCUUUGCCAUUGCUGGUGGAAUGUUUCUUUACAUUGCCCUGGCAGACAUGUUUCCAGAGAUGAAUGAAAUAAUGACCACACAUGCCAGAGGCCGCAAAGGAAAGAUCUUAUUUUUUCUGUUCCAAAAUGUUGGCCUGCUAACCGGCUUUUCCAUUAUCCUCCUCAUCACCAUGUUUGCUGGAAACAUCAAUCUGGGAUAAAUUGAAAUCUGAAGCAUGAGAAUAAAAAGAUUUAAAUGGAACACUGAAGAUGAGUUAAGUCCACACAACCAGAGGCCAAAGGGUUGAUACCACAAGCGAAAAUGAGACAGUGUAAAGAUCGAUCAUUUUAAAACUCUUGAUUUGGACUCUAUUCUUACUGUUUAACACAAUAAUAUCUCAAGUAACACUGUAGUAACAGAAAAAAAGGAAUGAUAAAUUAUUUUGUGUAAUUAAUCUCUGUACAGGAGCAUCACAUACAAAGAUGCUCCUAUGGAAUGUUUGUCACCAGGCCUCUGAAAGGUUUCCUUCUCCGUCGCUAGGUUUACAGACUUGACUUGUGGGUACACAAACGGUACAAACUACCUUGGCAACUGUCCCAGGCAGUAAUUUCUAGUGAUACAAGACCAGGCCAGAGUGCAGAGACAGGCCACUGUUUUUAAAAUGAAUGGGGCAGCGCGUAAAGGUCAACAUGGCAACUGUGUUCUUUGUCUGUUGGUUUGGUAAAGAUUUUGGUAAAAAAAAAAAUGACAUCAUAUUCUUACACUGAUGCAUAUCCAGAUAUACAGUGCUGAGAAAUAAUACCUGGCUCCUCUCAUGAUUGAUUCUAUUUCUGUGUUUUUUAA